AUGCCCCCGCUGCGAUUCCCUCCUUUCCUCCGACCGAAACUUUCACCGGACUUUGUCCUGGAUGAUACCAAGAUUUGCCUCCCAGACAACCUGAAAAGCACCAUACCCGAACCACUCUGUGCAAGUUACGAGAACUGUCAUCGCAGCGGCCUCCGCGCAUGCGGGGUGUUGAAGCGGCUCACCGAUUGCCACGAAGGACGAUUUGUGGCACUCUGUCCGAGAGACGAUGUGGACGUGGAGCGCUGGGUAAUGCACAGUGACACGAUUUCCCGGUUUCGCGAAUAUUACGACGAGAAAAGAGAAGCAAUGAUCCAUAACGCUCCGUCAGGUUCGAAAAUACCGCGGAAAGCCAUACGUCUAACGGUCAACCAGCUCGCAUACGACAGAUGGGCAAACGAGUUUGACGGAAUGAUUAUCGAAUAUGUCGAGACGGUUUACGAGCUCUAUAAGCUUGCGAGGGUGCAAUUCGAGAAGCAUAUGCAGCUUGCGAGGAAAGAAAACCGGAUUGACGAGAGUGCUUCCAGGGAGCUGUAUAACUUCUAUCAUGAAAACUUUCGAAUGGAGAUGUCUAGGUGGGAGGAGUUGAUCGCAUCGCUGGCAACACCCUCUUAUGAAGAGCUUGUGGAUGAGAUUUAUUGGGCGGUUAGAGAGUGCGUUGAGGGAGGCGAGCAGCUUGCGACUGAGUUUGCAAUACGGAGAACAACAGUUCCAGCGCACUGA